GUCUCGUUCCACGCUUCCACCUGUGCUCCGUCGUGUCUCUUCACACCGUUAUUCUUAAGAUAUCAUGAGAAUCACCUAUCCUCAAGCUCCCAUGAGGAUCGUUUUUCCGAAGAGAAUAUACACAUGUAUCAGAGGACUUACCUACGUGAGAAGAACCGUGAAGGCCGUAAUUGGGGAUAUGAGGCUGAUUCCUAGUAACUCUUAUGAGACGGUUAUUGUGAGCAUGACCAUUAACGCUCCGACCUGCUCGCUCAAUAAAUGGAUGUAUAUUAUGUGUGAUUUUGUUAAUUUCUGAUCAAUUGGCCUAAUUCAAGGCCUAAUCCAUUAUAUCUCUUAGAUUGCGACAAAUGUCAUUGAGCAAAGAUUCAAAGCCGAAAGCUACCUUUGUCGAAUUCACAAUAUGAGGUUGCCCGAUCUAUAUUUUGUUAUCAUUAUUGUUGUUGUUAAUUUUUUCUUUUAUUCCUUGAAACUCAAUCUUUUGGGGGUAAUUGUUGGAAUUAAUAAAAAAAUUAAGUUCCUUUCUUUAAUUCUUAUGCAAAUAUGAUCUGUUGAGGGGUGUAUUUGCAUAACUUUUAUUUCUUUCCUUUUUUUUCUCUCAUCCAUGUCCUGCGAUGCCAACAACUCUUUUUUGAAAAAAAAAAUCCCCUAAAUUCCUUUGUUCCGCUCUUUCCUUUGCAAGCUACGGGAUCGCAACAACAAUUAUUUCAACGGGGAAAAUCAAGGUGGCUGUAAAAGGGAUAUCGAGGAAGGAUGGAAAAAUAAGAGAAAAGUUCUGGUUGAUAUUCGGGAGAAUAAUAGUUUGAGAAAGUCGUGACCACUAGAGAUCAGGCGUAGCUUCCUACUAGCCGACUUUUGGAUUGAACUUUUGGCUGAGAGGCGUUAUAUGGAGAGCCUCUUCAUUUUGAUGUUACCUUCAACACAAUUUGUUUUGCUUUGAAAAAAAAAGCUUAUAACGGUGAGCUUGUGGGCUGUAAGUACCGAUCAUAUAUAUAGUUGCUCUGACUUCUAUCAUCAGCAGGUUUAUGAAUAUUUUGAAAUAAACUAUGUGAUAUGAAGUGUCAGGCUUGACCCGUGCAUAAGACUUAUCUUAGGCAUUGGUCGCUGCUAUCGCGCACCCCGUAUUUUAUGAUAUUCCGCUGUAGUUUCGGGGCGUGACAGGUCUUGUGCUGGGGCGAACAAUUACUUGAUGUCGGUGCAGGCGCAACAGAGCUAUGGUGGAGUCCUGGGAGAUACCUCACGAGACAGAUCUAGCGAUGGCAACUCCCCCAGUGUCAGUGCAGCGCUCUCUCUCCACUUUGUACGAUCACCGACCCGUUGAUGACGGUCAGCUCCUAGGUGCUGCGUUUUGAGGUUUUUGUGUACGCGUGGGAAAAUGUAAAAAGUUUUGGAUCACUACAAAGAACACGAUGGAAGAAAUCACUAUCACCCAUAGCCUGUUUGUUAAGACGUCGAACUGAAGAGUUCUUAAUUAUAUCUGAUGAUAUCACAAGAUCUUCAUCAUUUCCGGCCCUUACUCAAAUCUUGCGAAAACCCCACACACCUCAACCAAAUCCACGCCCAAAUCCUCAAGCAAUUCCCCAACCUCCAAUAUCCACCCAUUUUCCAGUACAAUGUCCUCAUUCGCGGCCUUGCCGCCGGAAAAUCCCCAGUCAAAGCCCUCUCCCUCUACCGUUCCCUGCUUCAAACCCAAACCCGGCCCAAUAACUUCACCUUCCCAUUCCUCCUCAAAGCUUGCUCCUCUUCGUCCUCCCUCGUCCCCAGUGGCCUCAGUCUCCAUGCCCACAUUGUCCGAACCGGGCUUGAUUCUGACCCAUAUAUCCAGAGUAGCCUUAUUCAUAUGUACGCUGCUGUGGCAAAGGAUGUCAAGUCGGCACAAAAAGUGUUUGAUCUUUGUUCUGUUCAUCAGACAGUUUGUUGGAACUCGAUGCUCGAUGGGCUCGUUAAGUGCGGGGAGAUCGAGCUUGCGAGAUUGGUCUUUGAUCGUAUGGGCUGCCGGGAUAUUGUCUCGUGGAACACGAUGAUUAAUGGGUAUUCACUUGUUGGGGACUUAAAGUUAGCCCGUGAGGUGUUUGAUAAAAUGCCGUGCAAAAAUUUGGUUUCUUGGAACUCGAUUCUUGGUGGUUAUAACAAGUGUGGAGAUGUUGAGGGAGCUUUGAGAGUGUUUAGAGAGAUGCCUCAUCGCGAUGUUGUGUCUUGGAACACGAUGCUUGCUUGCUAUGCGCAGAGCGGGAAUUGUGACGAGGCGUUUGAGUUGUUUGAUGAGAUGCAGCAUUCUGGUGUGAAACCAACUGAUGCGACUGUGGUUAGCAUGAUCUCAGUUUGUGCACAUUUGGGUGCAUUGGAACGAGGAGAGUGGGUCCAUAAAUUCAUCAAGGAAAACAAGAUUGAGCUCAAUACGAUUCUUGCCACUACGCUUGUUGAUAUGUAUGCUAAGUGUGGGGAGAUAUCACGAGCAUACCAAAUCUUUUAUGCUAUCGUGGAUAAAGAUUUCUUAGCUUGGAAUGCUAUUAUAGCGGGUGUCGCUGUCUAUGGACAAGCAAGAGAAGCCCUUCGGCUUCUUGAUGAAAUGAGGGAGAGUGGGAGUGUAGCGGAUGAUAUGACAUUUGCGGCGGUGCUCAGUGCUUGUAGUCAUGCAGGAAUGGUGAAAGAGGGUAAAUAUUUGCUCGAUUGUAUGAAGGUGACUUAUGGUGUUGAGCCAAAAGUGGAACAUUAUGGGUGUGUUAUUGAUCUUUUAGCUCGUAAAGGGUUGUUGGAUGAGGCAGUACUGCUGAUGGAAUCUAUGCCGAUGGAGCCUAAUGCCCCGGUAUGGGGAGCAUUGCUUGGUGGAUGUCGAAUCCAUGGCAACUCUGGGGUAGCUGAUGAUGUUGGAAGACGACUUUUAAGCCUUCAACCUAAGCAUAGUGGCCGUUAUGUCCUUCUCUCCAACAUCUAUGCAUCGAUAAAUCGUUGGGAAGAUGCUAGCAAAAUAAGAAGCAUGAUGACAAACAAGGGGAUCUCAAAGAUACCAGGAACAAGCAUGAUAGAGCUCAAAGGCAUCCUUCACAAGUUUGUUGCUGGCGACCAGUCUCAUCCAGAGUCUAAAAAAAUUUACCAGAAAUUUAUAGAGGUAUCAGAGAGGCUGAAGGUCGAGGUCGGUUACUCCCCAGACACAAAGCAGGUGUUGCUUGACAUUGAAGAAGAGGAGAAAGGGCAUAUAUUGUCCGUUCAUAGUGAGAAGCUGGCAAUUUCCUUUGGACUUUUGCAUACAGGACUUGGAGCAACCAUAAGAAUCAUCAAGAACCUUCGUGUAUGCAGGGACUGUCACCAUCUAAUGAAACUUAUCUCUAAAGUUUACGACAGGGAAAUUGUAAUGAGGGAUCGGAAUCGUUUCCACUUAUUUAAAGAUGGUGCUUGUUCUUGUAUGGAUUACUGGUAGAGAGGUAAAAGCUUAGUUGCAUAUGCGAGAAUAAUUUGAUUCUGUUAUUUGCCAAGAUUCCAAGAGUUGGAGUGCGUUAUUUAAGAGGAGAAUAAUAUCAGGAGAUCAAAAUUUUGUGGAAGCAUCCAAUAUCAAGCUCGUAAAACUUACUCGGUGUUCUCGAAGCAGGUGAUGAAUCACUCUCUCUGACAGAAAAUUCUGAAUUGGUUGUUGAGAAGUCCAUGCUAAAGAUUGGGGAUAAGAAACUCCCACCUAUACAUAAAGCUAGCAUAAAGGCAGUGAUGAUCUCGUUGUUGAGAAGUCCAUGCUAAAGACUGGGGAUAAGAAACUCCCACCCAUACAUAAAGCUAGCAUAAAGACAGUGAUCAUUCUAAAGGGUGGGGAUAAGGAACUUCCUCGUACAUAAUGCUAGUGUUACGGCAGUGGUUCUUCUAUAGUUUGAUCCUUGUCUUAUUCGUGGCAGCUGUGGGAGAGAUUAAUGUGUUCUUUUAUUCAAUUGCUGGAGCAUCUAGCUGAAGUGUAAGUAUGUUGAUAGGCAAAUAAAAGGCAACUUUAGAAGAAUGUUAUGGUUGUCUUCAGAAGAAAAAUUGGAAUCUAUGGUUGGUGGCAGCUCCGAUGUAUUGGGGGAAAGAAAUCGAUUAACUGUAUCAGUAUGGAUAGCUGUUUUUGCAACCGUUUGACACAUAAGGUAUACGCCGAGGGUGUUAUCGGGAGGAAGUUUUAGAAGUCUAGACUCGAGGAUAUUCAUACCUGAUGGAGAGCUGCAUUCUGAAGACUAGAGCUGGUGCAGGAUGAUGGUGCUUUCAAAACAUGGAAACAACUUUGUGACCUUACUUUCAUUUGGUAAGGCAUAUGGUUUCUUGUAUGCAUAAAUUAUUGUUUGUAAUUAUAUAAAUAAUAAAUUAUUUAUAUGAAAGUCAGUUUUUCUUUUGAAGAUUCAUGUUGAUGGCGGAAAAAAGAAACUGGAUAUUUACAUUAUUCCUGGUGAUAUUAUUGUAUGUUAGAAUAUUCAAAUUUCAAAAUUCAUCGUACAAUUGGCAUGCUUAUUUUCCUUUCAUGGACAUCAAACUUAAAGGACACUUACUUGUUUUUGACUUAUGAGUAUCAGAUACUUGAUGGAUACUCCAUCAUAUCCAUAAAUUUUAUAAUAUAUCUCAAGCAUAUGAAAGCUGUACUAGAGAUGUUUGCAAAAGUAAGAAGUUAAACUAGCCAUUGAUUUGAUUUAGAGAUGCAUUUUCACCCCUUUCUUUUAGUCUUCUUUUGUUCCUCUUUUAUCUCGCACGAUGCGUUCAGCUUGUAAUAAUACCAGCCUUUAGCCUUAACCUUAGUUGGCCAACUUCUCUGGGCUUGAUACUGAAAAUCAUAGCCUUGUGAUCUAUGAGUAAUCCGUACAAUUCAUCAUUGUAAUAUAGGCAAUUGACUAAUUACCUUAAUACAGAAAUACAAUUUUAUUUCGUAGUACAUGCACACAAGCUCUAGGAACAAUUUGCAUAGCAGGAAGCAGCAGACUCCGAACAACUCGCAUUGCAUGUACCCUGGUCUCCUUUUAUGGAGGAGCAUGCAGCACGGCAGUGAUUAUACUGCAGAUCACAGUUGUCGAAGCAUGAAUAGCUUGUUAUUGGUAUUAUUGAGCUUGCAACAAUUAGCACAAUGGCAAGGGCACCAAUAUUACGACAGUUUAGCAGAGAACUGGUGAAAGCCAUGACU